UCCCCGGCGACCACGUGACGUGUAUAAGACGUGAAAAUGACAGCCCGUUCAAUUCUGCAAAUUUUCGACCAGUACGAAAAAACGCGCCUGAAUUUUGUGAAAACUGUGGCUGAAUUGGCAUUAAGACCCACCAAUAUACCCACUCUCCAUGAGGCGAAAGUUUUAGAACUUUUGAAACCUCUUCUGAGAGAUGUUUGCAAGCAAAUUCAACAGUGUGCCACCAUAGCCUUAGGUCGGAUAGUACAACAUGAUAUCGGAAUAGCCAAACAGUUUGCACAAACUGACAUACUCAAACUUUUCUUAUUAAACCUACCUAAAGAGAAUAAACACCAAAAGAGUUCCAUUCUUUUCGUGCUAAGGUCGGUGUGUAAGCAUGAUGCAGAAUUGGCAGAUUUUGUAGUAAAGAGUGGUGCGCUUCCUUCUAUUAUAAGUUGUUUGGAGGAUUUUGAACCUUCGGUGCAAGAGUCGGCAGCUUGGGUCAUAGGGUAUAUAGCACGACAUAAUGCGGGUUUAGCCCAGAAGUGCGUGGAGGCUGGUUGCGUUCCUUUGCUUAUAAUCUGUCUACAGAGUCCAUAUUUAACUCUGAAGCAAAUCGCGGCAAGCGCUUUGUGCGACAUAGCUAAACAUUCAAUAGAUUUGGCGCAAAAUAUUGUAGACGCUGGUGCUAUACCAUAUUUGGCGAAAAACUUAGGAAAUUUGGACGAAAAAUUGAAACGACAAGUUCUGGCUGCUCUUAGUGCUUGUGCUAAACACUCCUCUGAACUAGCUGAAGUGGUAGUUGAAGCCGAAGUCUUUCCUUCCGUCUUUAUGCAUAUGGCGCAUACGUGUCCACAUGUUCGUAAAAACGCGGCUGCUCUCACUCGAGACGUCGUUAAACACACAUUAGAACUCACACAACUGAUUGUCAACACAGGUGGAAUUGGGGCUUUAAUGGAAGUCGUAAAUGAAGACACGAGUGAAGCACGAAUACCGUGUAUUACCGCUUUGGGCAAUUUUGGUGGCGCUUUAGGACAUUCGGAACAACUCGCCAUGUCGGUUAUUGGUUGCAAAGCCAUUACCGUUCUUGGUACGAUUCUCAACGAAAUUAAAAACGAGAAUGUUUUAUCAGUGACCGCUUGGACUCUGGGACAAAUAGGAAAACAUAGUCCCGAGCAUUCUAAAGCUAUAGCUUCUGCUAACUUGUUCCCUAGGUUAAUACAACUUUACUCGACUGACGAUUCUUCCGAAGAUUUGAAAUUUAAGUGUAAAUUGGCACUAAAAUUGUGUCUGCAGAAGUGUUUGCUUGUUUCUGCGUUAGAACCGUUGUUGUAUGACGCGCCACCUAAUAUACUCAAGUACGUGCUGGGGCAGUAUAGCAAGAUUUUGCCCCACGACCCCAAAGCUCGUCGACUAUUCGUGACAACUGGUGGUCUCAAGCGAAUGCAAUAUAUCGAGGCCCAACCCGGCACUACACUCAUGGAAUAUGUCACAAUAAUAAAUUCCUGCUUCCCUGAAGAAAUAGUUCGUUAUUACUCCCCUGGAUAUCCAGAGACGCUGCUAGACAAAGUGGAACAAUACUCGCCACAAAUAAUGACUGUUAUAAAAGAAACAAAUACACAAGCCGAGGAGACUCAAAUGAUGGUGCCCCACCCCACGGCCAGUGAAGAACUAGAAAAUUUAUUAGUGUAAAUUUGGAACUUGUACAUAAUACGAACAUUAAUAAAUAAAAUUGUGCACGCC